ACGCUCUGGUCAUUGGAGUUGCUUAGAGAGCGAGCCAUAGCAGCUAGCUAGAGCCCCCAUGGCCUCCAUGGCGCGGUGUGCGCUGCCUCGUGGCUGCUGUCUCGCGGUUGUUCUCGCGCUAGCAGCUCUCGCAUCUCCUCGCCGCCUCGGCGCCGCGGCGGCGGCGGCGGCUGAGAGCAGCGGGCCGAACUGGCACGUCGUGAGCGUCAGCUCGCUGCUGCCGAGCGCGGUCUGCGCGUCUGGGAAAGCAACCGCAUCAAACUCGUCGGCUCUCAGCGUCGUGCACCGGCACGGCCCGUGCUCGCCGCUGCUGGCUCGCGGCGCCGCGCCGUCUCAUGUCGAGAUCCUGGACCGGGACCAGGACAGGGCCAACUCCAUACACCGAAAGAUCGCUGGCUCGUCGACGAUCAACCCGGCACGUGCCUCGAAGAGCGUGUCGCUGCCGGCGCACUGGGGCAUAUCUCUUGGCACCGGCAACUACAUCGUCUCGGUCGGCCUCGGGACGCCGGCGAGGGACUUCUCGGUGGUGUUCGACACCGGCAGCGACCUGUCGUGGGUGCAGUGCAAGCCGUGCAGGGACUGCUACAAACAGCAGGACCCGCUCUUCGACCCGGCGCAGUCGUCGACGUACUCCGCCGUGCCCUGCGGCGCGCAGGAGUGCCAGGAACUGGACUCGCAGAGCUGCUCGUCGGAUAACAAGUGCCGGUACGAUGUCGUCUACGGAGACCAGUCGCAGACCGACGGCGACCUCGUGCGCGACACGCUGACGCUGGCACAGUCCGACACGCUCCCGAGGUUUGUCUUCGGGUGCGGCGACGACGACACCGGGCUGUUCGGCAAGGCCGACGGGCUCUUGGGUCUCGGCCGCGAGAAGGUGUCGCUGGCCUCGCAAGCGGCGGCCAAGUACGGAGCGGGAUUCUCCUACUGUCUGCCGUCAUCGUCGAGCGCCACGGGAUACCUAUCCCUCGGCGCAGCCGCUCCGGCGGACGCGCGGUUCACGGCGAUGGUGACCCGCAGCGACACGCCGUCGUUCUACUACCUCAACCUCCUCGGGAUCAAGGUCGCCGGCCGCGCGAUCAAGAUCCCCCCGACCGUGUUCGCGACGGCCGGCACAAUUAUCGACUCGGGCACCGUGAUCACCCGCCUCCCCUCGCGAGCCUACAAGGCGCUCCGGUCGGCGUUCGCGCGCUUCAUGGGCAAGUACAAGAGGGCGCCCGCGCUGUCCAUCCUGGACACGUGCUACGACUUCACCGGAUACGCGACGGUGCAGAUCCCGUCGGUGGAACUGGUGUUCACCGGCGGCGCCACUGUGAGCCUCGACUUCAGCGGGGUGCUGUACGUGUCGAAGGUGUCGCAGGCGUGCCUGGCGUUCGCGUCCAACGGCGACGAUACGUCCAUCGGCAUCCUCGGGAACACGCAACAGAGGACGCUCGCCGUGGUCUACGACGUGGCCAACCAGAAGAUCGGAUUCGCCGCCAAGGGCUGCAGCUGAGUAGUCAAUCGGCGUGGCACAUAUACGCCAUCGGUGAUUGGAUAAUACAAUCCAUAAAUGAUAAAACAAAUUGAUGAUCAUGAGUUGUGUGACACAGAAAAUGGAAAUAAGAAUCAUCAAGCAGAAAACUCCGCAUAAACUUUUGGAA